CUCACUGCAGAAUUUUAUAGCAAAAGGUCGACUGUCCCACUUCUUAUGUUAAUGCACCAAUCGCAGUAUCAAAAUAUUCCUUUGCAAUUACUCAGAUUUUAUGAGUAUACCUCAUUGAAGAACUGGGAACAUCCGGUCUGAAGUUGGAAAACAAAAAGCUCAACCAUACGCAAAGCUACGCCAGCAGGCCUCAACCCAAGGAAUCAGUAAUAGACACGGAUAAACCAACAUGACUUCUCUCUUCCCACAUCCGAUCUAUGCCGAGGAUCAACCGUAUGCGCGCAGUAUCUUGUACCUUCACGUUAUACGGGCUUCGGUCAUGUCCUUUUCCUUUUUCUCGCUUGCGCGCUUCCCAGCUUCUGUCAUUGCAGCGCGCUACAAAAAGACGGCAAUUGAUUACAACGUCAUACUCACGCGUACACUGAAGACAGCAGGUCGUGGACUUGUGUUGGGAACAGCAGCGGGUGUGGUUAUGACGUGGGGCCGCAUGAGAGAACUCGAGGAGAUUGAAUGGAAAGAUAGAUCGUGGAGGAUCUUGGAAAACAAUGGCGAAGUACAGACGGACUGGGUCACGCUGGGUUCCGCGAGCGGAGGUGCAGUUGCUGCUUUGAUUGCUGCACGGAGAGGAAGAAUAAAGAUGCCCGCUGGUGGGGCGAUGCUUGGUGGAGCAGGCGCUGGUAUGGCAGCUGGAGUGCCGUACAUGUUUGCAUCGUAUGCGGCAGGAAGAAAGCCAGCUUGAAUGCGAUGACAAAGAGGGAAAGUAGAGAUAGAGAGAACUUGGAAGGGAGAAGCUGGAGUCAAAAGGAAUCCUAAGUGGCAUUUGUAAUAUGAUAAUAUGCAGGGCGAUCUGAUGAAUUCGUGGUGUCGAGUGUGCAUCGUUUCCAUAUGGACUUGUUGCUUUCUAUGUCAAGAUGAUUCCACGUCUUUAAACGAUAAGCAGCACAUGUUGACAUAGAUUUUCAUCCCCUAUAUUUGAUCAGAACUUGGUGUACAGUUCAAUCGGAUGUACAAGGCUCUUCCUCUGUAGCAUAGUCAAUAGUCAAC